AUGGACUCUCAAUUGAUGACAACUGCUGUUGUCAAGAUUCAAGAUUUUCGAGGAAAUUUUAUCGUGGCACGUGCUCUGCUUGAUACCUGUUCCAACGUAAAUCUAGUUUCAGAAAAAUUUGCUAAAAAAUUAAAUUUAAUAGAACAUUCUUGCCUCGUUAACAUAGGAGCAGUUGACCAACUGUGCACUGUUUCAAAGAGUCAAAUUUCAACUACUUUGCAAUCGAGUUAUAACAAAUUUCAAGCUAAUUUACACCUUUUGCUAGUUCCGAAUAUCGCAGAAGCCGUGCCUAACGAAGCUUUUCCUCGCGAUCGUUUUGACAUCCCGAAACAUAUUCAACUCGCCGAUCCUCAGUUUCAUUUGCCUAAACCCAUCGAUCUGCUCCUUGCUUCUAAAACUACUUUGUCCACCUUUGCGGUAGGACAGAUUAAAUUGCGUAACGAGGAAACUCGAUCGGAGAUCAUCCUACAAAAAACUAGGUUAGGAUGGUUAGUAGCUGGAGGUGUAGACCCGCUUACUUCUUCAAAACAAGCUUCAUGUAACAUCGUUAAAGUGGACAAACUUCUCGAACGUUUUUGGCAAAUCGAAGAAUUUCCUAAUGAACCCGUAAGAUCUCGGGAAGAAAUAGCUUGCGAAGAGCAUUACGUCGCUCACACCACUCGUGACCCUGUCUCCGGUCGAUACACGGUUCGCUUACCCUUUAAGGACAACAAGUUUGAGUUAGGUAGUUCUCGAUCACAGGCCCUUCGUCGUUAUUAUUCUCUUGAACGAAGGUUCGAGAAAGAUCCUAAGUUAAAGGCUGACUAUUACAAAGUUAUGGAAGAAUACAUCACUUUAGGUCAUAUGACUCCUAAUGACGACACCGAAGACGGCUGUUAUCUGCCUCAUCACGUUGUGGUCAAGGAGUCCAGCGAAACCACGCAGUAUAGGGUUGUUUUCGAUGCUUCCUCUAAAACUUCGACAGGCAUUUCGCUUAAUGAUAUUCUCCUUGUGGGUCCCACUAUUCAAAACACCAUCUUCGAGCAAGUUUUACGUUUUCGUAGCCAUCUAUUCGUUGUAACAGCGGACAUCGAAAAGAUGUACCGUCAAAUUCUUGUCCAUCCAGAAGAUCGAAAAUUCCAAAAGGUACUUUGGCCUGAUCCAAAAACAGGAAAAUUGAGAACUUGGGCAUUAAAUACCGUCACUUUUGGCAUGGCUGCUGCCCCUUUCUUAGCAAUACGCACAAUUCAUCAACUCGCUCACGAUGAAGCGAAGGAUUUUCCUCGAGCUAGCAAAUUGCUUAUUCGCGACUUUUACGUCGACGACUUUGUAUCCGGAGCGGAUUCGUUCGAGGAGAUUUUAGCCAUUCGUGACGAAAUGAUUGCGUUGCUGCGUCGAGGCGGUUUUCUGAUUCGAAAAUGGGCAUCGAACCAUCGAUCUAUUUUGGACAAAAUAGAUUCAGGAGUUUUCGAGUUGGAUCACAUGGUCAAAGAGACUCCAAUCCAGAAAACGCUGGGAAUCAUUUGGGAUUCCGAGAAUGACCAAUUAAAAUAUACAGUUGUAAAAAUGGAUAACGAGACUACUGUGACCAAGCGAAGGCUCCUAUCAGAGAUAUCCAAGAUCUUUGAUCCUCUUGGAUUGUUAGGACCAAUUAUCUUGUAUGCUAAGGUGUUGAUGCAAGACUGUUGGAAAUCUAAGGUAAAUUGGGAUGAAUCUCUUUCUCAGGAUGUCUAUACCAAAUGGCAUUCGUUUUCUAUUCAGUUGCCUCUUCUUACGGAAUUCUCAAUUCCUCGCACGAUUUUGAUUGCGAAUCCCAUUAGGAGCGAGCUUCAUGGAUUUUGCGAUGCUUGUAUUUCUGGAUACGGAGCAUGUCUAUUUGUCAAAUCAUAUGACGCUCUUGGACAUGUCUCUAUUCGAUUGCUUUGCAGUAAAUCUAGAGUGGCUUCUCUGAAGGGACUUACCAUUCCUAAGCUAGAACUCAGCGCGGCUGUAGUUCUUCGAAAGCUCCUUUCUGAGUCUAAAUCUCAACUCCAUUUUUCCAUUGAUCAGAUCUACCUUUGGUCCGAUUCAACCAUCGUUCUCUUUUGGUUAAAGAAAUCUCCUCACGUAUUGCAAACUUUCGAGGCUAAUCGGGUAUCGUACAUCCAAUCGUUACCAGACAUCGUGCAUUGGCGACAUGUUAAGUCUGAAGACAAUCCAGCUGACUCACUUUCCAGAGGCCAAUUACCAUCUGAAUUUCUAGCUAAUUCUUUGUGGAAUUCUGGUCCUGAUUGGUUACGUCUUCCCGAAGGAGAAUGGCCUGAAUCAUCCACUCCUUGCUCAUCGGUAACUCUAGGUCUCAAAAGGGCUGGUUGUUUUCUUACCAAGCCUGCAUACAGCGAAAUCUAUUUGCGUUUCUCGAGUUUUGAACGAUUUGUGAGGGUUGUUGCUUUUAUUCUGCGUUGGAAACGAAUCAGAUCUCAAAAGAAACCAGAACGGUUGUUCCCAGAGAUCUCCGAAUCGAAGGAUAGGAUUUCCAAGAUUCUCCAGUUGAUCCGACCAUUGGAGGUCUCUGAAUUAUUAAAUUCAGAAGAUCAAAUCAUAUUCAUGGUUCAAUCCGAAAAUUUUUCAAUUGAAAUUCGUCAAUUGAAAAAAUUUCCCAAUCUCAAAACUUGGUUAGGCAGUUUACAUCCUUUUAUCAAAGACGACAAGUUACUUCGGGUAGGGGGUCGUUUGAAAUUGUCGGAUCUUCCAUACAAUCAAAAACAUCCAGUUUUACUUCCUAGUAAACAUCCGGUUACAGAUAUGAUUAUCCGCCAGGUUCAUCGUGUCAAUCUCCACGCUGGAAUUCAAUCCACUCUUUCUUCCAUCAGAUCGAAGUAUUGGAUUCUCAAUGGAAAAAACCAAGUGCGGAAUGUUGUUAGACAUUGUGUGGAGUGUAUUCGUCAACGGCCAACAAUCGUUCAUGCUCAAAUGGCCGAUCUACCCAAGACUCGAAUAAAUGAAUCGCCAGCUUUCUCUCAUGUAGGAGUAGAUUUCUUUGGUCCAAUCUUAAUCAAAGAAAAAAAGGAUCGAAAUAGGUCGUUCAUCAAAACCUAUGGCUGCGUUUUUGUGUGUCUAGCUUGUAAGGCCGUACAUAUCGAACUGGCGACCGAUCUUUCCUCUGAAGGUUUCAUGGCUGCCUUUGAUCGGUUCAUCAGCCGCAGAGGAGUCCCCGAACAUGUUUAUUCGGACAAUGGCACUAAUUUCGUUGGGGCUAGUAACGAACUUCGUGAAGUUUAUGAUCUUUUUGAAACUCCAGAAUUUCGAAAGACAAUAGGCACUUAUGCCAUUGCCAAACGGAUAGAGUGGCAUUUCAAUCCACCUCUGUCUCCUCAUUUCGGAGGUAUUUGGGAAGCAGCUGUCAAAAGCUUCAAACACCAUCUUAAGCGUGUUCUCAAGGAUCAGAAACUCACUUACGAACAGAUUAACACUCUUCUCAUCCAAAUUGAGGCAAUCCUCAAUUCUCGUCCUCUCUGUUCGCUUUCUACUGACCCCAACGAUCCUGUGUCCAUUACUCCUGCUCAUCUAUUAGUAGGACGUCCAUUCAAUGUCUUACCAGAAAAAUCUGUCUUUUCAGUUCCAGGAAAUCGACUCUCGACGUACAAAUUCCUUACCAAAAUGCGCCAGGACUUCUGGAAUAAAUGGCAUAAGGAGUACCUGCAUGAAUUGCAAACCCGCCAAAAAUGGCAUGACUCUACUGCGGAACUCAUCGUUGGAUCGGUGGUGAUUCUAAUGGACGAUAUCACCUAUUGUUCAAGAUGGCCACUGGGUGUGAUCGUCGAGGUACAUCCUGGGAGUGACGGCAUCGCUCGAGUAGCUUCUGUCAAGACUUCAACCGGCAUCUACAAGCGUAACAUCACCCGUUUGUGUAUUCUUCCCACGACUUAG